UCGGGCGUGGAACCGAGGAAGUGCCUCAUGCCGAAAGUAAUGUUUGUCGGAGGAACCGCCUCUGAAGUGGGGCUUGGAGCCUGAAGUUUAGCUUUCGUUCUUGUCUUAUAUUGGCCGGUGCCUCGAUUUACUGGCCAAGACCAUGCGACGGCUACAUGCCCUUUAUCGUCCCCUGGAGCUAUUAUUUCCCGGAGGAAGAGCUAAGUCGUGGAGCAGGCUGACUUCUUGCAGAUUGGCGUCGUUCAGAAUGGGUGCGACCCACCCAGAUGUCAAUAGCUUUGUUGCCCGGUCCAAAACCUGUGGGGAGUUGCGAUCAGCUCAUAUAGGUCAAGAGGUCACUCUGUGUGGAUGGAUUCAAUAUAAGAGACAGGAACAGUUUGUGGUUUUGAGAGAUUUCCAAGGACUUACCCAGAUACUCAUACCUCAGGAAGAGGCUGCUUCCCAUUUGAGGAAGCUCUUUUCUGAUGCUCCAGUUGAGUCUGUUGUACGAGUGACUGGGAUUGUUAUUCCCCGGCCUCCUGGACAGGCAAAUCCUAGGAUGCAAACUGGAGAUAUUGAAGUAAAAGCAGAAACUGCAGAGGUUCUGAACUACUGUAAGAAACUACCAUUUGAAAUAAAAGAUUCCAUCAAGAAAACUGAAGCACUGCGAAUGCAGUAUCGUUAUUUGGAUUUAAGAAGUAUUCAGAUGCAGUAUAACCUCCGGCUGAGAUCCCAGGUGGUGAUGAGAAUGCGAGAGUAUCUCUGUAAUCAUUAUGAUUUUGUGGAUGUAGAAACACCAACACUGUUUAAGAAAACACCAGGAGGUGCAAAAGAAUUUGUGGUGCCUUCCCGGGAGGUUGGAAAGUUCUACUCACUUCCUCAGAGCCCUCAACAAUUUAAACAACUCCUAAUGGUAGGAGGUCUGGACAGGUAUUUCCAAGUUGCCCGCUGUUACCGAGAUGAAGGUUCAAAGCCAGACAGACAGCCUGAAUUCACUCAGAUAGAUAUUGAAAUGUCAUUUGUGGACCAAGCUGGAAUUCUGGCUUUAACCGAGGGCAUGCUGCAGUAUUCCUGGCCUGAGGAAAAGGGGCUUAUCAAAAUACCCUUCCCUUCAAUCUCCUAUGAUGAAGCGCUAUCCACUUAUGGGACUGAUAAACCUGAUACUCGUUUUGGAAUGAAGAUCAUUGAUGUAAGUCACAUUCUCAGGAACAUAGAUGUUGGCUUUUUGCAGAACUCUCUCAGUGAGCCCUACGCUACAGUGAAAGCCAUUUGCAUUCCCGAGGGAAGGAAAUAUCUACAGUUUAAAGAUUUGGAGUCCUUAAAUGAAUUGUCAAAAUCCCAGUUUAACCAGUUUAUAUCGUAUUUGAUUUUGAAACCUGAUGGCAACAUAAAGUCCUCACUUGGAAAAUUCCUUAAUGAAGAGAAAAAAACAGAGCUUAUACGAACAGUUAAGGCCAAUACGGAGGAUGUGGUGUUGCUUGCUGCUGGCCAACAAAAAAAGGUGUGCUCUGCAUUAGGAAAGCUACGCUUGAAGAGUGCUGAACUUCUGGAAGCAAAAGGUCUGUUACUUCGUGACCCUUCUGCCUUUCACUUCCUCUGGGUGGUAGAAUUCCCACUUUUCCUCUCCAAAGAAGAAAAUCCUGAAGAAUUAGAAGCUGCUCAUCAUCCUUUCACUGCUCCCCAUCCCUUGGAUGAGCAUCUCCUCUACUCAGAUCCCAGACAGAUUAGAGGUCAGCAUUAUGAUCUGGUAUUGAAUGGUAAUGAGAUUGGAGGUGGCUCUAUUCGAAUCCAUAAUGCAAAGCAGCAGCGUUUCAUACUUGAGACAGUUUUGAAGGAGGACACUGAACUGCUUUUUCACCUCCUUGAAGCACUGGAGUGUGGUGCACCCCCGCAUGGAGGAAUUGCACUAGGGCUUGACAGACUGAUUUGCCUUCUAGUUGGAGGUUCGAGUAUUCGAGAUGUCAUUGCUUUCCCUAAAUCUUUCAAGGGAAGAGAUUUAAUGAGCAAUACUCCAGAUUAUGUUGAUCCGCAAGAACUUGAGCCAUAUCAUGUGCAGGUUACAUGGCCUUUGACAGAAGCCAAAGCAAGGACUAACUGAAAAGUACCUAUUCUUGGGAAAUCUUAACAAAGCCACUAAAUUUGUCACUAACUGACAGAUUAUCCAUACGAUUUGUAGGAAAAGUGAACUGCUGAAAGAAUCAAGGGCAUCCUUCGUUAUACCAGAGAAAUUUCUUUUGUGUUGCCUUUGUUCUAAUCUUAUGUUCAAAAGACAGCAUGUCCUAUUAUUAUUGUUAUGUAGUGAUAUAGUCAGAUGCAGUCUUGACAUUUUGUUGUGUUGCCUUUAUGUAUGGACGAUCUUCAUAGUAUAUGUAAAUGUUGCAGGGAUCAUUACUAGAUAACCAGUGUGAUUUGGCCAUACUGGGAGGUAUUGAAACUACUCUACAGAUUUUUGAUGUGAAAAUCAGUUUUAUUUUAAAAACAGUAGUUAUUUGAAACCUAAUUGGGGGAGUUAUUCUUCAGGGUUUUAAGUACAAAUACAGUAUAGCCAGUUAUGGAAGCAGUUUGUUAAACCUGAUCAGAUAGCAAAAAUGGCUAAUUUCUCUAAUACAAGACAGUAUAAAAAAAUGGUAGGAAAAAAUAGAAUCAUUUCAGAUUAUAUAAUUUGGUUUUUGAUUUUUUUACCUAAAUAAAACUCCCAAUUAUAUUCAACCAUAAUAGAGUCUAUUGGUGAUUUCAGGUUGUUAGGUUUGUUAUAUAUUUUUCAAAAAUUCACAUUUGAACAGCUAUUACUUACAUAGUUUUGUUGAAGGUCUGCAAUAAACAUUUGUGCUUUCCACUGUUAUGUAUUACUCCAUCUCUUCCUAAUUGCCAAGUUACCAAACAAAACAACAAACUAUUACUUUUCUGUUCCCACAAGGCCCCUAGUGCCUACAGGUCUCACAUGGAAAUAAUCACUUCUGGGAGGACCUCUAGAAAGCAGCUGCAAUUUUUGAAAAUUAAGAGGUAAAAUGAUUUAUCCUCCCUAAUAAUGUUGGAUACACUUGCCCAUCCUAUAUAUACCUCUUUGGGAAUGGCAUCUUAUUUUUAUAACUGUUAUGUUUUACUCAUCUUUGCCUGACUGUACAAAAGAAAAGUUGUAGGUACAGCUUAUUUAAUUAUCCAAUAAAGUUUAAUAAGGUA